AGACUGGCCGGGGAUUGCGAUCUAGAAUAUGGACUACCCAAAUACCCCCUUGGCAAACAGUGGCCCUUCUCCAAACUUGACAGACCUGAAUUCUUCGAGAGCGCGCGACAGAUACCCCUCGCCAACGAGGACGUUCAGUUGGCUCAGCAUCCUGACGCUCGAAUCGAGGCGGAAACCUUUAUCAAGCUCAUUCGAAAGGCAUUGUACGGUCUCUACAAACGAGAACAGACUAUCUACGAUUCUGAUAUCGAACAAGGCGUUAACUUUGGCUUGAUUCAAUGGCCCAGUAUCACACUUUGGUCCCCCAUGUACGUAGUCCUCUUUUCCUUCGGUCGUGAGCCGGAGUUUAUGUCUGGUCAACGCGAGACCGCCAACACGCUCGAUCGGAUCACAUCUGACAUCGAGGCUUCUGAGUUCGUCAUACAACUAUGGUGUGCAACUAGGCAGCUGUACGGCUACGAGCACAUCUUCGACUCCGACAUUCAAGAGAAGAUUAAAGAUACGCUAAACGUGAUCUGCGAGGUCUUUGAUCACGAAUCUCCUUUGCUCAUAAAGGACGAGCAUAUGCCUGGUGUCGUGUCCAUCGCGAGAGAAAUGGUCGAAUUGAACUUCAAGUGUCAAAAUAACCCCAAUGAGGAAUGUGUACUAGGACACUGGCUACCGAAGAUGGACCAGGCUGUAGGAUGGGCACGGCGGACCUGA